UUAAUAAUGUGGCAGAAAUAGAAUAGAACGGCGUAGAAAGCGAUGCGAAUGGGGCUCAGAGAGAGAGAGAGAGCUUUCUCCCUUUCCUCUUAACAGAAACCAAAACUUAUUCGCCUCAGGCAGCUGUUGUGAGUCUGUAAGGUUAAGAGUGGGUCCCGCAAUCACAGUGAUCCCAAUCAAUCCGACGCCGUUUUUGUUCCAUUCUAUGUUUCUCGCUUAUCACUUGUACUCGAGCUAUGGCAGAAUCAUCCACCACCACGAUUGGUUUCAGAGAUAAUUUAUGGAAAGGCAUUUUCGCCAUCUCCGGAAUCAUGCUUACCCUCGUCACCUAUGGCGUCUUGCAGGAAAAGAUCAUGAGAAUACCAUAUGGGGCAGAAAAGGAGUAUUUCAAGUAUUCACUCUUUCUUGUUUUCUGCAACCGCAUCAUGACGUCUGCUGUUUCUGCUGGUUCUUUGCUGGCAAGUAAAAAAACAUUGGACCCAGUGGCUCCUAUUUAUAAGUAUUCGCUUGUGUCAGUAUCAAACAUACUAACCACAACUUGUCAAUACGAGGCCCUCAAAUAUGUUAGUUUUCCUGUUCAGACUCUUGCAAAGUGUGCGAAAAUGAUACCGGUUAUGGUCUGGGGUACACUUAUCAUGCAGAAAAGAUAUCAGGGACCUGACUAUUUGUUGGCUUUUUUAGUUACCCUUGGCUGCUCAGUAUUUAUCUUAUAUCCGGCAGGAACAGACAUAAGUCCAUACAGUAGAGGAAGGGAAAAUACAGUUUGGGGUGUUCUUCUAAUGGUUGGCUAUCUUGGAUUUGAUGGCUUUACAAGUACAUUCCAAGAUAAGAUGUUUAGAGGCUAUGACAUGGAGAUACAUAAUCAGAUAUUUUAUACAACAUUGUGCUCUUGUAUUCUUAGCCUCACAGGUCUUAUUUUACAAGGACAAAUGAUACUAGCAGUAGAGUUUGUAUAUCGGCAUCAUGACUGUCUCUUUGACAUAGCAUUACUUUCGACUGUUGCAACAAUUAGUCAAUUUUUUAUUUCCUACACAAUUCGCACUUUUGGUGCCCUGACAUUUGCUACCAUAAUGACCACAAGACAGUUGGUGAGCAUUAUGCUAUCAUGUGUGUGGUUUUCCCAUCCUCUUAGCUGGGAACAGUGGAUUGGAGCCGUCAUUGUCUUCGCCUCCCUUUAUGCAAAAAGUUUCUGGAAGAAAGCACCUCAGAGGACAACCUCAUCUGUAGCACUUGUUCAAAAGGAGAAUUCAAAUGAUUUGAAGGACAGCCCGUGACUGGCAUGGAGGAAAAGCAUACUGACAUUACAAUAGCAAUGUCUGAAGGGGAUAGCUUCAAUUCUAAGUUCAAAAGCUGCACAUUCAGUAUUUAAGAUCACGGAUAUAGUUUAUUAUACAGAGGUUUUUGACUUAAACUCAGACAGCACCAAAUGCAGCCAAGUUCCAGAUUUUGGUAUCAAUGUCAUUAACAGAUAGAGAACUUGAAAAGAAUGUUAACCCCACAUUUUUCCAUAGGAAAGAUCAAUUAUAGACCUUACUAAAGCCAAGAGAUGUUUAAUGAUUGAGAUAUGUAUAAUGCGUUGCUCAAGCAAAAGUUGUUUUUGUUCAGUUUUCCAGAAAUGUGUAGGAUAGAAAGAUGAAAGAUUUCUGGUAAUUUCCGGGGUCAAUUAUUUACUUAACAUAAUUUUUUGGCAAUUUUUUUCCUUUUCCGAAGACAAGAUGUUAAAUACCACAAGAAACACACACAUAACUGUAGGUUCCGAAUUCGAACCUGAGACAUGAUGUUCAAUCAAACAAUAUCGACAUUUGUCAAUUAAA